CGCUAAUAUCUUUCAACUGACAGAACACUGAAGCAAACCGAGUUGUCUCUGUGAAGUAAAAUGGAACAUUUAUGUAUCACAAACGUAGUGUUUGCAAUUGUAAUGGCAUUGUUGGUAGUACAGUCAUCCACACGACCACAACCAGAUGAUCUAGAGGAAAUUAAAAAGCAACUGUACAAUGCAUGUGCUGGAAAGUUUCCAAUUACAGAAGAAAUAAAGAACAAUCUUAAAAACUCAGAAWUUUCAGACGAUCCAAAUCUUAAAUGUUUUUUAAGGUGUUGCUUUGAUGAGCUAUCAUUGAUCGAUGAAGAUGGUAUUAUAGACGGGGAAUCAUUGAUAUUAAUGGCUGAUGACAACAUGAAGUCAACCGUUCAACAAAUCGUCACGAGUUGUAAAACAAAUGUUAAGGAAGAUGGUUGUGAAGCUGCAUUCAAAUUUUUUAACUGUGGUAUAAAAAUAAAUCCAAAAACACUUUCACUACUACCGCUGUGAUUGAAUAUGAUACAGUUUUGAUUCUAUACACUCUUAAAUGGAUAAGCUUAGAAAAAAUCGUCAUUAUACGAAACACUAUUAAUACUUACUUAUUACAACUAAACUGUUAACGCUAGUUUUAUAUUAUGCGAUCAUAUGAGUUAUUAGAUUAGUAUUAAUUGUUCAC